GGUUUCCUUCUGCUCCUCCUCCUCCUAGGAGCUUGGAUUGCGGUUUUUGGAAGCUGUUUGGGGGCCGGCGGGGGCGGGGCCUGCCAUUCUCGGGGUGGUGGGCGGGCCUCCGGGGAUGCUUUGCUUCCUGCCCCUAACCCAAAAGUGCCACCGUGGCGUUGGCGGAGGUCUCCAGACUGAACACUUUUGGCCCCGACAUGCUCGAAUUUUGCAACCUGUAAUCCGGAGCCCAGAGACGCCCUAUGGGGAGUCACCCGCCGGCCUUGCUGCGGCCGCUAGUUGGAAAUCCCAGCUGUUAAGGGCCUAGUCCAAGGCACUAGACCUGGCUUCCCUCUCCUGGCAGGGUGCCACCUACGCGCCGAUGCCCCGAGUGUUCACAGGGCUUCCAGCUAACUAUGCUGCACCUACCUUGGCGCUGUCCUUGCUACUACCAUUAUUGCUGGUGGUGUGGACCCAGCUACCCGUUAGCGCGAGGCCGUCCACAGGCCCCGAUUACCUGCGGCGAGGCUGGCUGCGGCUGCUAGCCGAGGGCGAGGGUUGUGCUCCCUGCCGGCCAGAAGAGUGCGCUGCGCCGCGGGGAUGCCUAGCAGGCCGGGUGCGGGAUGCGUGCGGCUGCUGCUGGGAAUGCGCAAACCUGGAGGGCCAGCUCUGCGAUCUGGACCCCAGCGCUAACUUCUACGGGCGCUGCGGCGAGCAGCUCGAGUGCAGGCUGGACGCGGGCGGUGACCUGAGUCGAGGAGAGGUGCCGGAGCCGCUGUGUGUCUGCCGCUCGCAGCGCCCGCUCUGUGGUUCGGACGGCCGAACCUACGCGCAGAUCUGUCGCCUGCAGGAGGCCGCCCGCGCUCGGCUGGACGCUAACCUCACUGUGGUGCAUCCGGGGCCCUGCGAAUCGGAGCCCCAGAUCCUGUCGCAGCCUCACAAUAUUUGGAAUGUGACCGGACAGGAUGUGAUCUUUGGCUGUGAGGUGUUUGCCUACCCCAUGGCCUCGAUUGAGUGGAGGAAAGAUGGCUUGGACAUCCAGCUGCCGGGGGAUGACCCUCAUAUCUCUGUGCAGUUUAGGGGUGGACCUCAGAAGUUUGAGGUGACUGGCUGGCUACAGAUUCAAGCUUUGCGCCCUAGUGAUGAGGGCACCUACCGUUGCCUUGCCCGGAAUGCUCUGGGCCAAGCGGAAGCUUCUGCAACCCUCACAGUGCUCACACCAGAGCAGCUGAACGCCACGGGAUUCUCCCAGCUGCAAUCACGGAGUUUGUUUCCUGAGGAGGAGGAGGAGGCAGAAAGUGAAGAGUUGGGCGAUUACUACUAGGUCCAGAUCUCUGCUUUGCAGGUGUGGGCAUGUGGACAGAGCCCUGCAUCCUUGCUGUCUAGAAAGCCCGGAGAAGACUGGAAAAGGCGAGCAGGGUCCUUACAUGGAUUGUUUAAUGCUCAGUGUAGCCUCAGCUCAUCUUUCCUCAAAACUCAUCUUUCAGAAGCGUCCGCGGUAGAGAUGAGCGCAGCGGAACUGAUUUAGUUCAGUACAGGGAGAGGGGUGGGGUAGCUCCGUGUCUUAUACACUCUAGGGGACAAAACCCACCUAGCAUACGACUAGACACAGUGGGCACCAAUAAAAAAAUAUAUAAACAAACCGA